AGUUGUGUCAGUGAACGUCUCAUCAGUUGCGGGUGUUUGUGUCCGACUUUAAGGCUAGAUAACCCGUUAAUUUACCGGGGUUCGUUCCGUUGUUCGUGUCGGUGAAUCGGGAACAUUAACGGGAUGGAUGUCUCUCAGCGUCACGGAGGAGAUGCGGAGAUUUCAGAGAAACUGGAAAAGUCUCUGUCCAUCAGCACAGAUGACAAGAUGGAAGCCUACCACAGAUUCAUACAGGAUGGUAAAGAUGUUGCCAGACAAGGGGACAUAAAGAAAGCACUGAAGUUCUUCAAACUGGCCAAUGACAUUCACCAGAGUCAAAAACUUGAAAGCAGGAUAAAGAAAAUUGAAGAUCUUCUUGCUCAGAAUGACUUGGAGGAAGAAGAUGAUGAAGAGUUUGUCAACGUUAACAACAGUGGUUUAAUGCUUUACAAAGAGUUAUAUGACAAACUUUAUAACUACCAGAGAAAUGGAGUGGCCUUCUUGUACAGUCUGUACAGAGAUGGUCGUAAAGGCGGGAUCCUGGCAGAUGACAUGGGCCUCGGUAAAACCAUCCAAAUGAUAUCCUUCCUCUCAGGCAUGUACGACAACGAGUUGGCUAAACACACGCUGCUGAUCAUGCCAACUUCACUCAUCACAAACUGGACUAAGGAGUUUGCCAAAUGGACUCCCAGUAUGAGGGUGAAGGAGUUUCAUGGUGCCGGCAAAGAGAGGACCAGGAAUCUGGAGAAAGUCCAGAGGAGAAGUGGUGUCAUCAUUACCACGUAUGCUAUGCUUAUCAGCAACUGGCAGCAGCUGUCAUCGUACUGUGGCAAGGAGUUUGUUUGGGACUACGUGGUCCUGGAUGAGGCACACAAAAUAAAAACUACAACCACCAAAACAGCCAAAAGUGCCUACGCCAUACCUUCGAAGAACCGAGUUCUUCUGACAGGCACUCCAGUCCAGAACAACCUGAAAGAAAUGUGGGCUCUCUUCAACUUUGCUUGUCAAGGCACUCUCCUCGGCACAGCGAAAACAUUCAAAGCAGAGUAUGAGAACCCCAUCACCCGGGCCAGAGAGAAGGACGCCACUCCAGGGGAAAAGGCUCUCGGGUCUCGGAUGUCUGAAAACCUAAUGGCCAUAAUCAAACCCUACUUCCUCCGCAGGACAAAAGCGGAAGUGCAGAAAGACAAAAUGAACGGUACACAGCCAUGCAAAGAGGAACAUUCGGACAACAAGGACAGCCAUGUCCCAAACCCUCCAGAAGAUUCUGGAGCAGUGAUGCCCAAGUUGACGAGAAAGAACGACCUGAUUGUCUGGACUUACCUGAGCUCCGUUCAGGAAGACAUAUACAGGCAGUUCCUGUCACUGGACCACAUCAAGGAGCUGCUCAUGACCACCAGGUCGCCUCUAGCCGAAUUAAACAUAUUAAAAAAGCUGUGCGACCAUCCGAGACUUCUCUCUGCUACAGCCAUCGCCAAGUUAGGCUUGGAGGAGAGUUCACCUGAGAAUGAGCAGAAUGAAAACACGGAGGCAGACACAGGCAGCAUCGCUAACGUUCCUGACGACACCCUAAUAUCUGAGUCUGGGAAACUUGUCUUUCUGUUUGAACUUCUUGAAAGGCUCCGAGAAGAGGGCCACCGCACACUCGUCUUCGCUCACUUCAGGAAAGUGCUUGACAUCAUCGAACGCAUCCUGGGCAACAGAGGCUUUAAAGUCAUGAGACUAGAUGGGACAAUAACUCAGCUUGCAGAGAGAGAGAAGCGCAUCACUAAGUUCCAGACUGACAAAAGUUACUCUGUCUUCCUCCUGACCACCCAGGUCGGAGGAGUUGGCAUCACUCUGACAGCAGCAAACAGAGUUGUGAUCUAUGAUCCCAGCUGGAACCCAGCGACAGACGCUCAGGCUGUUGACAGGGCAUAUCGCAUCGGCCAGACUGAAAACGUCGUCAUCUACAGGCUGAUCACCUGCGGCACUGUAGAGGAAAAGAUCUACAGGCGUCAGGUUUUCAAAGACUCCCUCAUCAGACAGAAUACUGGGGACAAGAAGAACCCUUUUCGGUACUUUAGCAAGCAGGAGCUGAAGGAGCUCUUUACUCUGGAGGACACACGGUCAUCGACCACACAGAUGCAGCUUCAGGCCAUGCACUCCAGACACAGGCGGACUGACCCUGAACUGGACCAACACAUCGCCCACCUCCAUGCCAUGGAGAUGUUUGGGAUCUCUGACCACGAUCUCAUGUUUUCCCUGGAUGUUAACCAUGACGAGGACCCAGGGGACCAAGAGGCGCAACACUAUAUAGAAGGGAGGGUCCAGAAGGCCCAGGAGCUGAUGAAGGCUGAGUCAGAGUUACAGUUGCAGCUGGCAGAGAGCAUGGCAUCAAGUACAGAACCCGCCUGGCUCAGACAACCUGUGGACAACAACAAAAGUGGGCAGUCCAAUGAGAAAAAACCAAGAGACCCAAGGCCAAGUCCUUCCUAUCCACAGCAUGACUUCAACAGGUCACCAGUUGUGGUGGACUUGGACCAGUCUGGUUCUGACCAGCAGGAUGCCCGACAGAAUCUGAGUGACAGAGUUAUCGAUCUAACUGCAGAUAACAGUGUGUCAGAGGAACAACCUGUUAUGGAAGUUAGCCAAGACAAGCUUUCUGAACACAACCUGGAUUCCCCGAAACACCAAUCUGUCAAGCAGGAGAGGAGUUACUUAGAAGUAGCAAACCCAUCACCUCGGGAGGUGAUUGAGGAGUCUUUGGUGAUGUCGGAGACCAGUGCUGCUGCUGCAUGUGACAUGGCAGAUGCCUCCGUUCAAGAACUGAUGGAUGAGUCUGCAGUGUCUGAAGCUGUAGCUGCUUUGGCAGGUGACCACAGCCUGGUGUAUGUUACAGCGGUCGAUGAAGAUGAACAGCUGCUAACCGGAACCUCACACUCAAAAUACGACUCCAAGAUGGACUUGGGGCAUCAACAUGUCACACCCCUGCAAAACAAAAGACUCUCUGCCUUACAAGCAUCCAUGUCAAGCUUCAAAGCAGACACAUCAUCCAGAGCCAGCACUGGGCUCGAAUCCUUUGAAGGCAACUUCAAUUUGCAGCUUGAAGACAGUGACAUUUUCUCAGACCACGAUGUACUGGAUCAGCAGACCGAAGAAGAAGAGAAGAAGCUGCUGUCACAGCUGCAGGUCGAGGGGAGUUUUGACAUCAAUAAAUCCCUUUCUGAGAGACAGCAGAGAGAAGCACUCAUGCAAAGCCUCAACAACGGCCACGCCUCUGAAAUGGAUGAGUCGAAUGAUUCCAUUGUGACCUUCAAGAAGAAAAGAGCAGCAUUGGUUUAUGAUAGUGAAGAACAAGAUGAUGAUGAUGAUGAUGAUGAUGAUGAUAGGAGUCAACUCGACAACUCAUUCCAGGCUCUUGGUGCAUCAACACCUAAAUCGGCGCCAUCAGGCCCCACCCCUCUACGGUCAAGAAAGAGCACCGGAGGAAACACCUCCGUGGCCUCACGCCGGUCCUUCCUACAGUCCAUCAUCGACGACAUGGACAACCACAACCAAGACGUUUCUGAUGAGUCCAAAGAGGAGGACAUCAUUGGUUCAACUCAGGAUGAGCUCCGGCUGGAGGAGAGCCACUACCAAGACUCAGCUGACGGAGAGGAAGAUGAUAUUUCAGAGAGGCAUUCUGAUGAGUCCAAAGAGGAGUACAUCAUUGGUUCAACUCAGGAAGAGCUCCAGCUGGAGGAGACAGUGCUUUAUGAUAGUGAAGAAGAAGAAGAAGAAGAAGAAGACGAAGAAGAAGAAGAUGAUGAUAGGAGUCAACUCGAUAACUCAUUCCAGGUUCUUGGUGCAUCAACUCCUAAAUCGGCGCCAUCAGGCUCCACCCCUCUACGGUCGAGAAAGAGCACCGGAGGAAACACGUCCGUGGCCUCAUGCCGGUCCCUCCUUCAGUCCAUCAUCGACGACAUGGACAACCACAACCAAGACGUUUCUGAUGAGUCCGAAGAGGAGGACAUCAUUGGUUCAACUCAUGAUGAGCUCCAGCUGGAGGAGACCGUCGGAGAGACAUUAAACACGGAGGGGGAGGAGGAAGAAGACGAGGAUGAUGAGUCAGGACAAGGGUCGAGCAGUAACAUGGAGGAGUCGGCCAGCGAGCCCGAGCUAGCCUCCGGUGAAAGAAUGGAUCAGUGCACUGUUGAUGAAGGAGUCAAGAUGAACGGGACGGAGGAGGUCAUGGAGGAGGAGAGCUUUGACUCCUUGGUCAGUAGAGGGAAGGAGUUCUGCAGCAAAGGGAAGCUGGACGAGGCCCUAGGUUUCUUCCUGAGAGCUAUUGACAUCAAACCUGGAGAUCCUGAAAUUCAGCUCAUGACCAUCCAACUGUACCGACAGCUGAGUCAGAGAAGCUAAUCAGACAAUACUACGAACAACUUCGACCACAACCUAAAAUUAUACUGUUAGAAAGGACAGUCGGGGCCUCGCUGGCUGUCUUAGUUUGUCCAUACAUUGUUUAACUUUGAAUUUGAAAUUGUCAUGUUGAACUGUUUUUGAAGUGGGGUUGUAUGAGGUACUUAUUUAUUGUCAGCAUGUUACCUGCAGUAGAUGUCAGUUAGCACUCCCCCAGUUUGGAGAAGCAGGCUGGAGUCCGACAUGGAAGCUAAGCAAUGUGCUGCUGUGGACGGGUCGGCAACGGAACAUAUUUUAGCCACCUAAAAAAAAGGUCCAACGCAAAAAUGUCAAUAUCAUUUAAAGUGUUUGCUAUAUUGAGAAUAUUUUCACUCCUUUACCUUUCUGUCAGACAGUGAUUUCCAGCUGGAGAAUGAAGCUGAUACAUCGCUCUCCUCAAACCCAGACUCUUCUGACAAAGACAGUAAUUUUAGCUCUCUGAACACAGGAGCUGCUGUUCUGCUGCUGCCUCAAAUAGUUAUUUUGUUUGUGGUAUUGUGUGACUUUGUGUGACUUUGGACUCACCAAAGUCACACAAUGACGCAA